UCUUGUCGGCGAAGGACUGAGGAACCAUGCACUAGAUACGACUUUUGUAGACUAAAGAGCUACCAAAAUACUCUGAAAUUUUUACAUUGUAGCCUUUUAACCAAUUUGUUUUUGUUGCACAGUGAACUGAAUUAACAAUAUACACCACAACAGACCCCAAAAAUUAUUUUUGACAAAUCUGUGGGGGGGAUUAUUAAAGUCAAUCACAAAGUUCUAUAAGGAACCAAAAAAAACCUAUUCUGUGAUACUGCUUUAAAGGCAUGUUUAUUUAUUUAUUUUUUUCAGAAAUGUAAUGUAACUGUGAUAAAUACAUAAAUGAAAUGAAAGCGCUACCCUGAAACACAUAUGUUCAUAAUAAAAUAUUUGGGAUGUGCUCAUUAAUUCUGUUCGUUCCUGGAAGUUCCUGGAAGAUAGACUUUAGAAUGGUGUUUAAUAGGAGAAAAAAGAAGAAAGGAUCCCAAACAUAAGGGAUAUGGGUCAAGUUUUGCUCUUAGCUCCUAUAAUAAAAUUCCAAAAUUCUCAGUCUCCAUUUUCUAGCAAGUUUCAAUGUCAUUAAAAUAAAAUGUACAAGUAGUGGAGACAAGUGCAGCUUGAAGACAUCACGGGAGAGACAGCUUGGCUUAUCAGCAGUUUAUCAGAUGACGAGCACAAUGGCAUGGACUAAAGCGCUGCUGCAUCGCUCUCUGUAUGUAGAGAUGAAGCGAGGGCUGAAUCUCACUGCAUGUCAUUCAGAGUGGAUUUUUCCUUUAAGUAGUCAAAGUAUAAAGUAAUAAAGUAAAGUACUAUGUUUUAAGGUUAAAACAAAUUCAUGCUGGUUGUUAAUAUAAUUUUGUGUAAUCUGACACAGCCAGAAAAGAUGAGAUCCAAUAUACUGUUUCAUGGAUUUAAUUGCACGGACCUGGAAGUGGUGGUGAACCCAAACACACAGACAGCGAGUGUGUGUCAGCCCAGUCAGGACAUGAAAUGCUCUGAUCAAACAUCUUCUCCAUUCGAUGAGACUCAAUGCUUGCAAAACAUCGCUAAUGAUCUGGACUAUCAUGGAUCCAUGCUCGCCGAAUAUAUGAAUACUCUGGAUGAGAAGGCGAACUCGGAGUCUGUGAAGGAGCUCAAGUCCAUUACAGAAUCGAUACAUAAUCUUAGGGAGAGCUGCAAACUGCUGCCCAAUCCAGAGUCUUCAAAUGAUAAGUGGAAGUCCACUAACUCCUUCGAAGACCGUAAGGACCUGUGCAAACAGCUGAAGGGCUUCCAAGUGCGCACCAUCACCAUCAACCGAGCGCUCGGAUACAUCUGCGCAGGGGAGUAUCAGAAAUGAUUCUGCACUUCCACUACAAUCAUCAUCAUCAUCACCUUUUAAAAUCUCAAUCCCAACUGUUUUAUUAUUUAUUUAACAUGGACUGUGUAAAACUCCGCACUACUACUUUGCAAAAUCUCCACAACCUUUAUUUAUUUCAUCUCUGUGAUAAGAAUGUAUAAGCUAGCUACAUCUCCAUGGUUGUCAAUUGAGACCUUGUGGUGUUUUUAUAUGGUUGUUUGUCCAGUAACUUAUUUAUAUUUAUUUUAAUUAAAACAAAAAACUAUUUAUUUGUAUUGGUGCAUACAGUACCAUUUUAUUUAUUACCUAUUUAUAUUAAAGAAUUUUGAAAUAAUUUGACCUCUGCAAGCUUUAUGUGUGUGUGUGUGUGUGUGUGUGUGUACAGCUAAGCAUAAAAUACAAAUAAUCAUUUCACAAAAAAAAUAAUCACAAAGCACAUUUAAGUACACAAAAGUAGCAGAACUACUCCUGUUUGAACAGUCACAUGUUUAUUCAGUCAUUUGUGUUUUAUUGUAGUUACAGCAAUAUCUCAAUGAAAAACUUCAGAAGCUAAUGAAAGAUGAGAAACUGUAUUUUACAGACUUUGGAAUUUUAAGGUUGUGUCUGACUUUUUUUUUUGGCCAAACGUCAUUUUUAUGAGUUAUAUGUUUGCACAUAAGCUUUAAAGCAAAUUAUUAAUUAAAAGCAUAAAAAUCGAGAGAGAGAGAGAGAGAGAGAGAGAGAGAGAGAGAGAGAGAGAGAGAGCUAUCUACAUUAACCUUAUGGACGUUCAAAACUUCUAAAAGGUUCAAGUACUUUAUGGCUCAAGAUCUUAAAAUCACAGUAUUGUCAGAUAGAACCUUAUCAUUCUAUGGUCUUAAAAUAUUAAACAGUCAAAGGACUUAUGUAGACUGCUAGCUUGCUAACCACUAAUCAGCCUACCAGGGAACUAAAAAAGAGCUAAGUUCUGAAGAUUUACAUAUUUUUUAGCUUUUUUUAUUUAUUUUUUUUUUGCAAGGAAGUCUCCAGUGUCAGUGUAACAGUCAGGAUUAAAGCUGUAAUUUAAGGUAUUUAACUUAAGUAUUUAUGGAAGGAUGGAAGGCUUUCUGCUUUGUCCGGUUAUAACGUACUACAUUUACAUUUAUGACAUUUGGCAGACGCCCUUAUCCAGGGUGACUUGCAUUUAUACAACUAAGCAGUUGAGG